AUGGAGCGGCCCAAGUCGGUGCGCUGGAAGCCCGACGCAGCACGGCCGCAGACCUCCGUCCCGUCCGCGCCCACCUUCUACCCGACGGCCGAGGAGUUCACGGACCCCGUGGCCUACAUCAACAAGAUCCGGCCUGAGGGCGAGAAGGCCGGGAUUGCCUGCAUUGUGCCGCCUGAGGGCUGGGAGCCGCCGUUUGCUCUGGAGAAGGGCACUAAUGGACAGAGCGCCGAGAGCUUCCGCUUCAGCAUCCGCAAGCAGCUCACCUCCCACCUGUGCAUGCGCGUGGCCAACACCGGCAAGGCCACCAAGCGCAGGGAGAAGAGAGUUGAAGACCGGGGGCUGUUGUGCAGGUAUGACAGGGCAGGCGAGGAUGAGGACCCUGCGCAUGAGCAUGCUGACUUCGGCUUCGUGACUCUGGAGCGCCCCUACACGCUGCGGUCCUUUGCUGCCUACGCCGACUGGGUCAAGGCACUGCAUUUCAGCAACCCCCCGCCAAAGCUGUGCAGCUACUCUGGCCCAGAGCCCACGGUCGAGGAGAUUGAAGCCGAGUUCUGGCGCAUCGUGGAGUCCCCUGACGAGGUGGUGGAGAGCCUGUAUGGGCAGGACUUAGACUCAGGGCACCACGGGUCAGGCUUCCCUCUGCCGCCGUUCCGGCAGCGGCUGCUGGAGGCGCACCUGGCGGCCACGGAAGGCGCCAAGAAGGACGGCGAGAAGCGCAAGUUCACCCCCGAGGAGACCGUGUACAGCGAGCACAAAUGGAAUAUCAACAACAUGCCCCGCUGCAAGGGCUCAGUGCUGCGCUACCUGGUGGGCGAGGAGCUGAUCACGGGUGUCAUGGUGCCCUGGCUCUACGUGGGCUCCUGCCUGUCCGCCUUCUGCUGGCACGUGGAGGACCAUGCGCUCUACUCAGUCAACUACCUGCACAUGGGCGCCCCCAAGGUGUGGUAUGGGGUGCCUGCGCAUGCGUCCGAGGCGCUUGAGAUUGCCAUGCGCGAUGCGCUGCCUCACCUGUUUGAGCACUCGCCUGACCUCCUCUACCAGCUGGUCACACUGGUGUCUCCCACCCAGCUCAGGGCGCGCGGCGUGCCUGUGCACCGGCUCGUGCACAAGGAGGGCAGCUUUGUGAUCACCUUUCCCAACGCCUACCAUGCCGGCUUCAACACAGGCUUCAAUUGCGCGGAGGCGGUGAACUUUGGGCCGCCGGACUGGCUGCCCUGGGGCACCUACGUGGCGGACAAGUACCGGCGCGAGGGCCGCUCGGCCACGCUGUCCCACGACGCCCUCCUCAUCGCGCUCGUUGCCGCCGCGCCCGACGUCAGCGCUCGGCUCAUGCGGGAGGCCCAGGCGCGCGCACUUCCCGUAACACUAAAGCACACUCCUGGGAAGCCCAAAUUACAACACACCUGCCGUGGUGGGCCCUUUGCCGGCCUCCUUGCAUGCAUGUCAAUUGUGGGAGACAUCGUGAAAUGUCAGCUGAAGGGGAGGUGCCUGCGCACAGGUGCACUGGAUGCAGAUGGCGUGCACACAAACACAGAGGACGUGGACUGCGAGGUGUGCAAGGGGGACCUGCACCUGUGGGCGGUCGUGUCGCCCAAGUGCCCCGGCCGCGCCACCUGCGCCGAGCACGCCUCCGCCCUCGGCUGCCCCGUGGACGACAUGGUCCUCCUGUACAGGCACGCACCUUGGUCGUAUCCCCCUGCGUCUUAA